UCCACUUCCCAGCAGAAGAUGACUGAAGAGGCGCCAAAAGCAUCUGAAGCAGAACUCGCCAUGGAGGAGAAAAUGAGGAAGAAAAAAGAGGAGGAACAGGCUAUGUGGCAGGAGUACUUAGAACAGCGACGAAUGCAAAGACAGAAAGAAGAAGAAGAUUUAAAAAAAUUGAAGGACAGACAGGCAAGAAGGAAGACACAAAGAGCAGAAGAAGAAGCGAAGAUGAUGGAAAUGAAACGAAGACAGGAAGAAAUGAGGCAGAAAGAAGCUGAGGAGAAAAAGCAAAAAGAGGCUGAAGCAAAGAGAAAACGACUACAAGAGGCAGAAAGGAAACGACAAGCUAUGAUGGAAGCCAUGCAGAAACAGAAAAUGCAAGAACCUGUAAAACGGAAUUUUGUUAUCCAAAAGAAAGAGGGUGAUGAAGGUCCACAUGCUGCCCUUGGCCACUCUGGGUUCGAUAAGUUCAGCAAUGUCAUGUUUGCCCAAAGCGAGCUGGGAAAGACCAAGGAGCAGCUAGCCGCUGAUAAAGAACUAUGCAUGCAGUACCGUGUGAAACCGCUUGAGAUCGAAGGGUUAAGUAUAGACGAACUUCGUCAGAAGGCCAAUGAACUUUGGAAUAAAAUUUGUACUCUGGAAAGCGAUAAGUAUGACUUGGAAGAGCGUCAAAAGCGACAAGAGUACGAUCUUAAAGAAUUAAAUGAACGACAGAGACAAAUAAACAGAAAUAAAGCACUGAAAAAAGGCUUAGACCCUGAGGCCUUAACAGGAAAAUACCCGCCGAAGAUUCAGGUGGCCAGUAAAUACGAAAGAAGACUUGAUCGCAGAACAUUUAAAGACAAGAAAGAAUUGUUUGAUGGCGGUUAUGAAGCUGGUUACGAAGCUGAACUGGAGAAAUCGUGGGAAGAAAGAAUGACGACCUUCAAGGAUCGAGGAAAACCAAAACUACCAAAAUGGGAUCCAGCAGCUCCAAAGAAUAAAGAAGCUCCUGGUCGACGACACGAAGAAGAAGAAGAAGAGUUAGAUAUUACAGCACCUACCAUGUUGGGGCCAAAGCAAGAAGAGCCUGCUGCUGCCGAAGAAGAAGAAGCGGAAGAGGAGGAAGAAGAAGAAGAGGAAGAAGAAGAUGAAGAGGAAGAAGAGGAGGAGGAGGAAGAAGAAGAGUAAUUAAGAACUACAGCUAUGGUUUUUCAUAAUUUUCAGUAGUUCAAGUCGAAAUAGGCUGGAACUAGUUUAGUAGUGUUCUGUGUUUUCUUCAUCUCGUGAUGUUUGUUUUUGGCCAUCCUCUCCAACACAGCGCGUGGUCUUGGAUCUGUAGCAAAAUAGCAAAAAAUACUUCCAUUAGAAUAGUUUUGAGUUUCGUAUUUUUAAUGACGCAUUCUUAGUUCCCAUAAUUGGUUUAUAAAUUCCUCUUUUAUUGGAGUUGUGAUCUGUUUAGAAUUUGAAACGGACAAUUAUUAAGGCUUCUAAGGUUUUGUUUGUUUUUUAAGACGAAAAUAUAAAGAGUAAUUUGAGCAAAUCUGCUUUCUUAUUAAACAAAAUAAGAUGUUCAGUAUUUCACUCGGUUCUUCUACUUCCUAUGAAAGUCCACGUGAAAGUCCAGAAAGACAAAAAAAAAGUGUCACGGUUUUGUGAAACUCUUUAUGAGAAUAAAUACCAAACAUUU